AUGUUGUUAUUAAUUUUGGUUCUUGCCAUUCAUUGUUGGGUUAUAGAAGGUCAUCUAGCGUCUACGAAUGUUCUAAUAGGUUCUAAGCUUUAUACAAUGGGAGGUAUAAUAGACUCUCAGCUUGAUUCUAAUUUUUUUUAUUACGAUUUUUCAAUUCCUUUUGAUGCUUCGUCCCCAUCAUAUAAUUCCCUCGAUCCGAUCCCUGUUUAUACCGCAUGGGGUUCUGCAUGUGUCGGAGGAUUAACCAUGUCUGAAAUAUUUUUAUUUGGUGGUAUAAUGAAUAAUAAAAAUGACAAUAGUUUAAGCAAUAAUUUAAUUUAUUGCUUUGACACUAUUAAUCACACUUGGACAGCUCCAACAAUUUCAGGAAUCCAACCAUUAAGACGUAGAGAAGCUUCUUCUACUUUUAAUCCUAAUAAUGGAUGGAUAUAUAUUUUUGGUGGAUCAACAGUUAAAAUCAACAAUUAUAAUGAUACCUUAUUUUUUAACGAUUUUAUUAUAUUGGAUUCUGUUGCUUUAUCUUGGAUCAACAUUAAAUCACCUUCAAAUGCAACUGCGCCAACAAGAAGAGCUUCCCAUACUGCAACGCUUAUUACGAAUGGCUAUAUUGUUAUUAUUGGUGGAACUGAAAUGACUGACGAUCAUGCUCUCCAAGAUGUUGACAUUAAUCAGAUUUGGUUAUAUGAUACUAAUUCGGGAAUGUGGAUGUAUCAAUUAGGUACGCAGAUACAACAUGCACAAUGUUUAUUGUUCAUUAACAAUAUUGAAAUGUUAUCUCAAAUUACUUUUAUUCAGUUCGCCGAAGGUGAUAGUGUUAGUGCACGCGGUGGCCAUACAGCUGUUUUAGCACCUAAUGGAAAUAUUAUAAUUUAUGGUGGUAGUAAUGUUGACAAUAUAGGAUCCACACCAGAUCUUAUAAUACUUAAUGUUGCAACUUCUCGAUUUCAAUGGUUAUGA